AUGACAUCAACCGAUGGCCUUCGGGAUGCUGCGUUCGACGGGGAUGUUGCAGAGGGCACCGCCGGCAGUCCUGUAGGCACAAUAGCUCUUGCAAAAGUGGCGCGACUAAAAGAGGUUGGAGCUAUUUUAGUAGCAGAACUUGACAUUGAAUCUGCUUUAUGUCAGGGCCACAAGAAAUGGAUCACCGGUAUAUCUUGGGAACCAGUCCAUCUGAGUUCACCGAGCCGUCACUUUGUGAGUUCUAGUAAAGAUGGUGAUGCCCGCAUAUGGGACGUAACACUAAGGAAAUGUGUAAUAUGUCGGAGCGGUCACACUGUAGCUGUUACGUGCGUAAAGUGGGGAGGAGAUGGUGUAAUAUAUACUAGCUCCCAGGACUGUACAAUCAAAGUCUGGGAAACUUCCCAGGGGAAGCUGAUAAGGGAAUUGAAGGGUCAUGGACACUGGGUUAACUCCCUUGCUCUGAGCACUGAGUAUGUUCUUCGGACUGGAGCUUUCGAUCACACUGGAAAACAGUAUUCAUCUUCUGAAGAAAUGAAGCAAGUUGCACUAGAAAGGUACAAGAAAAUGAAAGGCAAUGCUCCUGAAAGAUUGGUCUCUGGAUCUGAUGAUUUUACCAUGUUUUUGUGGGAACCUUCAGCCAGCAAGCACCCAAAAACGCGAAUGACCGGUCAUCAACAGCUCGUGAAUCAUGUCUAUUUUUCACCUGAUGGACAAUGGGUUGCUAGUGCUUCGUUUGAUAAAUCUGUGAAGUUGUGGAAUGGUAUUACUGGGAAGUUUGUUGCUACAUUCAGGGGACAUGUCGGGCCUGUAUAUCAGAUAAGUUGGUCUGCAGAUAGUAUACUUCUUUUGAGCGGGAGCAAAGACUCUACUCUGAAGAUCUGGGAUAUUCGCACAAAGAAGUUGAAACAAGAUCUUCCAGGUCAUGCGGAUGAGGUUUGUUCACUUAACAUUGUCAUCAUAUAAGUUUUAAGUUUGUGU